UUUUGAUAAUAUGAAGCUUCCGAAGUGACCAUUAAAAAAAUCAUGCAAAACUAUAUCAUACAUGAUUAAAUCAACACCAUCUAACAACCUAAAAUCUGACAUUUUCGUCUGUUCUAGAUGUGCAAACUCAGUGUUUGUGAAGGAAGAAGUAACCCAGAUCCCUGCAGAAGAAGAGAUCCUUGAAUGAUUAAGUCAAGUGGAGUUUUAUUUGGUCAGGAUUGACCAGUUUGAACAAGGCCAAGGGGGAUUUUUGUGGAGGAUGAAGAAGGGUGAGAGGGUCGGGGAGAAGCUGGAAGAGUAUUUUGAGGAGCAUAGGUUGAUUAAAGCUCACUUAUUUACUGCAACAAACACUGAAGACUAUUCUUCCUUACCUUACAUUCAUAUUGAAUCGAAACAUCUCCUCAAUACAAUUCUUGAGUCUGAGAUUUUCAAGGAAUAUAACCAUCAGAAGGAAUUUAUGAAGUUCAGAGAUUUUACUGAUAAUUUGAUAGACCCAUCUUGGUCAAUGGAUUUAACCAAGGAAAGGGAAGAUUUGACUUCACCUGAUCAUCCUUCCAAGACUCGUAUUACUAGCAUAAGUUUAACUGCUUCCUCUAAACUCCACCAAGCUUCUAAGGCUUUUAUUAAUCAACAAAUAUGCAAUCUCAGAGAUUACAUAUUAACCACCGAACACUCAAGAGUCAUCUCUAAACUAGCAGAUACCAAGAAACUUGUAAAAUCACAAGCAGAGCAAAUAUCAGCCAAAGAUCUCGAAAUAGAGGACCAAAAAUAGAAAACUGACAGAAAAGGACCAAGAGAUUAAGCACAUCCAGUCUAAACUUCUCACUACAGAAUCCCAGCUAGCCCAGAUAUCCUCUAUCUUACAACAAGAGCAACACAAAAAUGAGCUGAAUGAGAGAAUCAUUCAGGAACAGAAGGAAGAAAUUGAGAGAGUUCUGCAUGAGAAGAAAGCCUGUGAAGAGGUUGUGCAGAAGAUUCAAAUGGAGAAUAAAGAAGUGGAGAAAGCAAAGAGUAUGAAAGUAGUGGAAAUUGAAAAAUUGGAAACAAUCAUGAAAGAGAUGGAAGAUGAAGGAAAGAGGAGAGAAACUAUCAUCUCUACCCUUGUCGCCAGCAAAGAUCCAUUGAUACAUCCACGUUCAUUACCUGACCUAAAGGGAGGUUCUUUGUAUUUUAAUUUCUCUUCUGUCCAAGACCACUUACUAAUGGGCCUGCUGGUUCCACACAAGUUACCUUCUUUGGCCUCUUUGAAAUGUAAGAAUCUAAAAAGUCUGUCAAACCCUGAGGUACACUUAAAGGAAACACCCUGAAAAUUUCCUGUACUUAACGAUUUCUUGGAAGAUUCUAUCCAGGAUGAAAUAAGAGAGCUUAGCAUGACACUAAGCUCGGGCAAUGACCUUUCUGAUGAAAGUGAUUUUACAGAGAUGAAGAUAUCAAUAGCUAAGGUCCUCCCCAUGGUAACUAAGCAAGUGAGUCUGAGCGGGUUUGUGAUCAGUCAAGAAGAGUUUGUAACAUUCAUGAGCGCAGCAAAGAAAGCAAGAGAGAUCAGGUUCAAUUGGUGCAGACUAGAUAUUGAAAAUGACUGUGAAUUUGAGGGCGAGCUAGAAGAUUCAAAAUUCAGGAUCCUUAAUUUCUAUGGAACUGAACUAGUUGCUCCAGAAGGGUGGUUUAGUGAUGGCUGUGAAAAGUUCAGAUAUAUUAUGAAAGGCCUUUCUAAAGAGCACUGUGUUAAGAAAAGAAAUAUCAUUGUAAAGCUAGAAGGCUGCGGACUAAAGAGAGACAAAGUGGCCCAGAUCUUAACAGAGAACUCCAUGACACUAAUGAAGAUAGAAAUGUAGACCCA